AUGACCAAUCAAAAUAUAGCACAUGUUUAUGAAAAUAAAACUGCUGAUUUAACACUUGGUCGUAUAUCAAUUGAUCCAAUUCCCGGAUACACCAUCCGAAAAUCUAAUUCUGUUUUUUUGGCAACAAAUCGAAAUCACGUUUGUGGUGCUGCCUCUUGUACUUUUCAGCUGGCCACGAAUGAGAACAACGUUCGGGAAGGAUGGAUUUUACAUCAGCAUAAUUUGAUAGAAUGGAUACCGCCAGUCGCUCAUCGCUUAAUUCAUACAGCAAAAGAUAUGUAUUGUGUCCAGGUUAAAGGCGAUUGUGGAGCAGAUGUUCCAAUUUAUCGGCACGUUGGUAUAACUAAAGACGGCUUUCAUUAUUUGUACACAAUUGGUGAAACAGAUUACAUAAAAGGAUAUUUUAAAGAAGCUGUUCCACUGUGUUAUGGAUGGAAUACCACACGGUUUGCAUCAGAUCCAAGCAUAAAAAAAGAUGACCAGUGUGGUAGUAUAUCAUCGGACGACCUGGAUCCUCUAAACGUUUUCGACAAUGGAAGAAAUGGUGCAUUUCGUGACCACUACUACACCACGAGAAUUCCGACACGAACAGAGCUUGAAGAUCCAAUAUCUGAGUUUUCUGGAUACACACUACUGGAUGAUCUCGGUCUAGUCGCCAGAAAUCGGUCCAGUUGUAAGUGCCUCCAAAAAAUGAAACAGCUCGUUGAUAAUCAAACUGGAGUUCUAGGAAGACUUGAUCACAAGUUUGUUACCGAAGGUAAAGAAGUUAAACGUCCUUUCGAGAAGUAUAAACCAACUGGAGAAGUAUUUUACUGUGCUACUAAGAUGAACGCAUGUGGUGCUACGAUUCCAGUCCGCAAAUAUUUCAAUUAUGCCAGCAUUGAUACCAUCUACACAGUAAAUACCGAUGUUAUACCAGAUUUUUCAUCUGCGUUUCCAGAAGGAGUUCUAUGCUAUAUUUGGGAUCCAUCAUACAUUGAUCCCGAUGAAUCAGCGAUGAUGCAAUCUAUAACGAAAGAACGGGGAUGUAGCCGCCUUCCAGCGAUUAAACAUGGAUUUAUUGAGUACAGUGAGGAAGUUAAUAAAAAUAGUGAUGUCGCAGCCGGUACAACAGCAACUCUGCAUUGUUACGCAGGUUACAAGCCAACAUUAGACUUAGAGUUGACCUGCCUUAGCACAGGGUCCUGGUACCCAGCGUCAAGCUUUAGUGACUGCUAUAAGGAUACCUUAGGUUGUCAAAUACUUCAAAAUGUCGCUCACGGUAAGAUCCACUAUAGCGCUAAUUUAAAUGAUAAUAACUUAUAUCCAAUUGGAGUAACAGCAGAACUGAAAUGUGAAGACGGGUACGAACCAAAGCAAGACGAACAGUUACUAUGUCUCGGGACAGAUGCUUGGUUCCCAGCACCUAAAUUCAGAGGCUGCGUUGCUAGAAACAAGGACUGCUCGCCGAUUCCAAAAGUAAACAAUGGAGAAAUUACGUACACAAGUCCGCUGGUUAAUAACUCCGUCCCAUCCCUCUCUUUGGCUUACUUAGAAUGUAAUCGAGGAUACACUGCUGGAGCUGUAUCGCAAGCUUAUUGCCUUUCAAAUGGUACAUGGUUCCCAAAAGCAGUGCUUUCAGACUGCAAACCCAGAACAUAA